AUGGCCUCGUUAAACUUUGCGUCCUCGCAAGACGUCCCGGACGUAUCGUCACCAACGCCGCUUGCUUCAUGUCAACCUGCCGUGGCAAACUUUAUUGGAGGCAAACCCCCCUAUAUCCUUCGAAUCUCUAAUCAUAUCUCAGCAAAUGGCACGGUUGUUCUGCAUCAAUACCAGAACCUCUCCUCCAGCCCCUACCAAUGGACCGUAGAAGAGCAACCAAAUACAGAGGUCCGUCUCAAUAUCACGGAUUCUCAGGGUGCCACCACUCUGUCUAGCGGGUACUAUACUGUCCGGGCAAGCAACGAGACGAGCUGUCUAGCCAAAGGAGAUGAGGGGGGCCCGGAGACCCGUAAUAUAUUCCUAGGCUCAGUGAGGGCCCAAACUAUCUUCAUAGCGGCGUGGGUUUGCUUCGGCGCGCUGGUCCUGAUAUUCACGACCUGGUGGUGCAUCCGCUCUCGUCGCAUAUCAAAACGUACAGCUUCGGACAAUGAGAGUGUAUAUGCUGGAUUUCUCGACAAUACACCGGAUAGGAUCGAGGGUAGAAGGAGCCUCGAAUCAAUACGAGGGGCUAGGGGGUUUGCGUAUUAUUGCCGUUCCCUCUUGUCUCGCGGGUCAUCAACAGCACGAAGAAGCGUUCUCAGAACACCAGGUCCUCCUCCUGGCUCGCCACCAACCACAAUCUACAGCAUGCCGCCGCCAGACUACGAAUCGCUCUCCCCUAUUGCUGUAGUUCCACCGGCAUUCGAAGGUAUCCCUCGCGACAUAGAGAAACUAUAG